AUGUCCACACGUAAAAAUGAACGUGAAAAAAAUGAAAAAAUUCGUCAAUUACGUGAAAUAUUGGGUGUUACUGAAGCACAAGCACGACCUUUAUUAACACAAAAUGAUUGGGAUCUACAACGAGCCAUUAAUUCACAUUAUGAAAGUUCAAACUUACAAGAUCAUUCAUCUAAUACAGCAUCACGUACCAAUUAUUCAUCACAAUCAUCCAGUGGUGGCAGUAGUAGCAAAUUUGAUCGUAAAAAAAUUGAUCAAUUAUGGUCAAAUUAUUGUGAUCCACAUGAUCAUUCAAAAACAUCUAUAGAACAAUUAAUACGUUUACUUAAAGAUUUAAAUUUUGAUCCAGUUGAUCGUGAAACGUUAAUACUAUGUUGGAAAUUAAAUUGUGAAAUACAAGGCGAAGUAAGAAAACAAGAAUUUUUAAAUGGUAUGAAUGAAUUACAAUGUGAUACACUUGAUAAAUUACGUGAGAGAAUAAAACAAAUUAAUCGUGAGAUUGAUCAUGAUAAUGAAAAAUUUAAACAAUUAUAUCUAUAUACAUUCAAUUUUGGACGAUCAUCGACACAAAAGAAAAAUUUAGAUCUUAUACCAGGUAUUUACUAUGGUUAA